AUGAUACGACUUCCGAUGAUGAGCGGCGCGUUCAUGGACGCGUCUCCUCUGGACGACUGCAGCGCGGAACACUCGCUCUUUAACUCCUCGGCCAGUGUGAACGCUGUGCCUCCUGCAUUAUCAUCAACACAGGUCCAGCAGGAGGAUCAGCAGCGUGUGUCCAGCGAUGCCAUCUGGCUCUGGAUCGCCAUCUUCGCCACCAUCGGCAACAUCGUGGUGGUCGGAGUCGUUUAUGCUUUUACUUUCUGAGGACGGAACAGCUAUAUAAGACUUAUGGGGAAGACAAAACUAUCAUUUUAUUGUGCAGCUCCACACACACUGAGUCAUGGACAUAUGAGGAGACGAGCUAAAGGAUUCAAUUCAAUGAAAGAACUGGACCUCCUUGAACAUCU